UGACUCACCUCUCCUGACGCUAUGGGCCGCUAUCGUGUUGGUGUGGAAACUGGGAGCUCUGUCUUCGCGGGGUCCAACAAUCAGGUUCAGCUGUGGCUAGUCGGAGAGCACGGGGAGGAGGCGCUGGAGCUGCGGUUGCGACCCUCUCGGGGAAAGGUAGAGGAAUUUAAUGUAGAAGUCUCGAAGAUCCUGGGUCCCCUCCUGUUCGUGAAGGUGCGCAAACGUCGCCUCCUCACGUAAGACAACUGGUUUUGCAACCGAAUCACCGUGCAAGGUCCCGGGGAUAACGGAGUGGAGGCCACGUUCCCAUGCUACCGCUGGGUGCUGGGUGAAGGCAUCGUCUGCCUCCCCGAAGGCACUGGUGAGGGAGCGGCGGGAUGGACACCGACCAGCCGACCUCUCCAGCCUGCUUCUGCUUUCCGCCUUACUCCCUUUCACGUACAUUAUAUCAAGUCCCCCAAUCUAGGCCUGCCUUUCCUGCUCGCAGGCGUUAAUGCAAAACUGCCCCCAACACCGGCUCUUAUCUUUUGCCUGUGGAAAUUCUUUUCCAAGACGUGGCUCAGACCCUUCUUAAAUCCAUAUCCCCACAUCAACCACCACAGCUGGCACUCCUGGAAGGAUAAUGUAAUCCGGACAGUCUCUGGGGCUACUCUGUCUGAUCUUCCUUUGGAUCAGAGAUUUCAUGAAGACAAGAGAAUUGACUUUGAGUGCUCCCUGGCCAAGGGGCUUAAAGACCUUGCCAUCAAGGACACCUUAAACAUCCUGAGUUCCUGGAAGAGCCUGGAAGAUUUCAACCAAAUUUUCUGGCCUGGUCAGAGUAGGCUGGCAGAGAAGGUUCGGGAUUCCUGGAAGGAUGAUGCAUUUUUUGGGUACCAGUUCCUGAAUGGUGUUAACCCCAUGAUCCUGAGACAAUCCACCGAACUCCCAAUCUGACUGAAGCUGCCUCUCGGCUCAGAGAAACUUCAAGCAGAGCUAGAAAGACAUCUCCAAGAAGGCUCACUGUUUGAAGCUGACUUCUCUCUCCUGGAUGGGAUUCAGGGCAAUGUAAUCCUCUGCUGCCAGCAGUACUUGGCAGCUCCCCUGGUCAUGUUGAAGUUGGAGCCCGAUGGGAAACUGCUGCCCAUGGCCAUCCAAAUCCAGGAACCCUCCUUGAGCUCACCAACACCACCAGUGUUCCUACCCUCUGAUCCACCUAUGGCAUGGCUCCUUGCCAAAGCCUGGGUAAGGAGCUCAGAUUUCCAGCUUCACCAACUACAGUACCAUCUGCUGAGAGGACAUCUGAUGGCCGAGGCAAUCUCUGUGGCCACUAUGAGAUGCCUCCCAACGCUGCAUCCCAUCUUCAAGAUCCUGAUCCCUCAUCUUCGUUACACUAUGGAGAUCAACAUCAGAGCCUGGACAGGGCUUGUCUCUAAUGGGGGAGUAUUUGAUCAGGUGUUGAGCACUGGUGGUGGAGGACAUGUCACUGUACUCCAGAAAGCAGGGAAGAGUCUGACCUAUAGAUCCCUCUGUCCACCCAAUGACCUGGCUGAUCGAAGGCUACUCGGGGUGCCAUCCUGUCACUAUGCUCAUGAUGCCCUCCGGCUCUGGGACAUCAUCAAAAGGUAUGUGGAGGGGAUAGUCCAUCUCUACUAUGCAGGGGAUGAGGCUGUGGAAAAUGAUCCUGAGAUACAGGCUUGGUGCAAAGAGAUCACUGAGGUUGGGCUUCAUGGAGCCCAGGACCGGGGUUUCCCCACCUCCUUCCAUUCCAAGGAUGAUCUCUGUUUCUUUGUGGCCAUGUGCAUCUUCACUUGUACCGGCCAGCACUCUUCUGUCCACCAGGGACAGCUGGAUUGGUAUGCCUGGGUUCCUAAUGCCCCAUGCACUAUGCGUAUGCCCCCACCCAGUGGAAAGGAUGUGACGCUGGAGAUGGUGAUGGCCACUGUGCCCAAUGUCCACCAGGCAUCCCUCCAGAUGUCUUUAACAUGGCAACUUGGUCGAACUCAGCCAGACAUGGUUCCCCUGGGACAGCACAAAGAAGAGUACUUCUCAGGAUCCGAGCCCUGGGCUGUGCUGAACCGUUUUAGGGAAGAUUUGGCCAUCCUGGACAAGGAGAUCACAGAGAGGAAUGCUAAGCUGGAACUACCCUAUGAAUACCUGCAGCCCAGCCGAGUGGAGAACAGUGUCACCAUCUGAGCCCUGCCGCUCCUUCCAGCCAGCCUUUUCAAGCUCACCAGCAUUCCUCUGACACCUUCACUUAGCUCCUAGCUCUCUCUAAGCAUUCUCUAGCCCAUUUCUGAGCCUUCUCCUUAAAGCCCUCAGGCUGGAGGAGAGGGAAAGAUAAAUAAAGCUUUUGCUGCA